CGAUUCAUGAAAAAUGACAGAGGAAGUGUCAAUAAAUAUCCUAACUUUAAAUUGUUGGGGGAUUCCAUAUGUUUCAAAAAAUAGAGAAGCUCGUAUGGCAGCAAUUGCAAAAAAAUUUACUACUGAAAAUUAUGAUAUUAUUUGUUUACAAGAAGUGUGGUCUGUUAAUGAUUUUAAAAUGAUGAAAGCUAUGACACAAGAACAAUUACCUUAUUCACAUUAUUUUUAUAGCGGCGUUGUUGGUUCAGGAGUUUGUAUUUUAUCCCGAUUUCCUAUUAAGGAUGUAAUGUUUCAUAAAUGGCCUUUAAAUGGAUAUGUACAUAAAAUACAUCAUGGAGAUUGGUUUGGUGGCAAAGGUGUUGGACUAUGUAAACUUCAAAUUCAUGAUAUGAACAUUAAUAUUUAUAUUACACAUUUACAUGCAGAAUACAGUAGACAUAAUGAUGAAUACAUAGCACAUAGAGUAUUACAAGCUUUUGAUACUGCUCAGUUUAUUAGAAUGACUUGUAGUGGUGCUGAUUCUGCAAUAUUGGCAGGUGAUCUUAAUGCAGAACCAAAAGAUUUAGCAUAUAGAAUCAUAUGUGGUGUUGCUGGUUUGGUAGAUGCUUGCUCAAAUAAUUUAAGGAAUUUAGGGACCAAUGAAUGUGCCAAUAAUAGUUACACUAGUUCAAAACUUGCAAGAACUUUUCCUGAAGGAAAACGUAUAGAUCAUAUUUUAUAUCAGAGUACAAAGAAUAUAAAGAUAGAAGUAACUAAUUUUCAACAUCCUUUUCCAAAACGAGUACCCGACAAAGACUUUAGUUUUUCUGAUCAUGAAGCCAUUAUGGCAACCUUUAAAUUUAGUUCUGGUGAAUUUCAACCUACAAACAUAGAUAUUAAAGAUUCGUUAAAAGAAGCUGUAAACAUAUGUGAAACUUCGUUAAAAAAUGUUCGUCGACAACGAAUUUGGUAUUUAUUAUUAGGCUGUAUAUUAAUUAUACCACUUACUUGGUCUAUGGGAUUAGACUGUUCUAUCACAUCCCUUGGUGUAACUAUUGGACUUAAUAUAGGUCGUAUCUUUCUAACCGUAAUAUCGUGUUAUACUUUAUUUAUGAGUUCUAUAUGGAAUAGUGUAGAAACGAAUGCUUUGAAAGCAGGGUAUUUAGAAAUGGGAAUUUAUUUAACAAAUUUAAAUAACGAUUUAUGUAAAAAGUGA